GGUCCGGUGCCGGCCCCCAGCACGGCCCCCGCCCGGUUCCCUCUCGGUCCCUCUCUGGCCCCCUCAGCCACCCCCCAGCCAUGCACCCGCGGCGCCCCGACGGCUUCGACGGCCUGGGCUACCGCGGGGGCGGCCGCGAGGAGCCGGGCCCGGGCGCCAGGCCCUUCGGCGGGUCGGAGCUGGGCCACUGGGUGACCACCCCGCCCGACAUCCCCGGCAGCCGCAACCUGCACUGGGGCGAGAAGACGCCGCCGUACGGGGCCGGGACGCCCCUGGGCGGCGCUGGCCCCAACGAGGAGCCCAACCUCGGGGCGGGCGGCCCCGGCGCCGAACAGUUGAACAGAUUUGCAGGCUUUGGAAUUGGCCUUGCAAGCCUAUUUACAGAAAAUGUGUUGGCACAUCCCUGCAUUGUUCUACGUCGUCAGUGUCAGGUUAAUUAUCAUGCUCGGAAUUACCAUCUCACUCCAUUUACUAUUGUCAAUAUUAUGUACUGCAUCAAUAAGACACAGGGUCCAAGAGCUCUCUGGAAAGGAAUGGGCAGCACUUUCAUUGUUCAGGGCAUAACCCUGGGAACAGAAGGCAUCAUCAGUGAAUUUACACCUUUGCCGAGGGAGCUUUCACAUAAAUGGAACUUCAAGCAGAUAGGUGGACAUCUUUUACUCAAAGGUUUAACGCAUGUGAUAGCAAUGCCUUUUUAUUCUGCGAGCCUGAUUGAAACUGUACAGAGUGAAAUAAUUCGAGAUAAUCCUGGCAUCCUGGACUGCGUGAAGGAAGGAAUUGGCAGAGUUGUAGGCCUGGGAGUGCCCCAUAGCAAGCGCCUCCUCCCUCUGAUGGUCCUGACUUUCCCAACUGCUGUACAUGGAGUUCUUCACUACGUCAUUAGUUCCAUCGUCCAGAAGCUUGUUUUGUUUGUUCUGAAAAGGGGUAAUUCCCACAACCUUCCAACUGAGAGCUCCACUUCUGUGCAAAGCAUGCUGGAUGCGUAUUUCCCAGAACUGAUUGCUAGCUUUGCUGCCAGCCUUUGUGCUGAUGUCAUGCUCUACCCACUGGAAACAGUUUUACACCGCCUUCAUAUUCAAGGGACACGCACAAUAAUUGACAAUACAGACCUUGGCUAUGAAGUGCUUCCAAUCAAUACUCAGUAUGAGGGAAUGAAAGACUGCAUAAAUACUAUAAAACGGGAAGAAGGAAUGCAAGGUUUUUAUAAAGGAUUUGGAGCAGUUAUAGUACAGUAUACCUUGCAUGUGGCAGUUUUACAGCUUACCAAAAUUAUUUACUCAACAGUGCUUCAAAACGUUUCUUAAUCUGCCCGGGUCUGGAUCUAGCAAAGUGGUCAUGAUUGACUUGCUAGCCUAGUUGUUUAAAAUGGCUUAGAAAAAGAACUUUGAAGAAUCCACUCAAUGGAUUCUCCUUACACUGUAAAACAACUUGUUUUAAAAAUGGGGAUAUAGUUUCCGAAGUGUAAUUAAAAAAGUACUGUUUAAAAGUGAUAGACAGAAAUUGAGUACAUCAUAUGCAGUCAUAAAAGGGGAUCAGAUUUCAAAUGUGAUUGCAGUGAGAAUUUAUCUUUCACCAGUUCACUGACUGAUAUGGAUAUGAGUUGUUAAUAUCUGCUUUGUAAGCAUCACAUCUGAUAUUUAAUAUGGACUGUUAGCCAGUUCAAAGGAAUUUAUUUUCUUAAGUUGUAAGAACUUCCAAGUGGAGGACUGAUGGCUUUACUUGUCUUUUAAAAAUGUUUCCAACGUCACUAUUAAUGGAACUGCGAGUUAAAUAGAAACUGUAAAAGUAAUUUAAGUAGACUUAAAUGUCAUAAUUUACAGGUACAUAGACUACUUAUUUUGCUGCAGCAUGGCAGAAGAUGACUAAGGGAAUCUUUUGCUUUUUAUGAAAACAAUGAAAAAUGGAUUUUGGGCAAAGUUGCACCGAAUGCAAAUUUGACUGUCUUGCAGUUUGUUUGCAAGGCUUACAAUAACUAAGGUGUGUGAAUAAAGCAAAUUGGAAACUGAUGUGUGCAUGUGUAAGUGCCAUUUGUAGUUGACUUUCCACUGAUAACUUCAGGGUUUAGUUUCACUGCUACUUCAUAUGAAAGUAAAAUAAUCUUACAAAUGCAUAUAGCAGUAGUGGUGUUCAAACUGUACAGAAAGCUUAAAAAAACAAUUGGCUUUUCCUAGAGUUUCUCUUCCGUUAGAUCAGAGUUCUGUGUAAAAUCAUCUGUUUACUAUUUAGCACUGAUGUCCUUCAUUUAAAGUCUCUGCUAGAUUAAAUAUUUUGCGGAGCAGAGUUGAGUCUGUUUAUGUGCAAGUGAACCACUGAAAUGUAUAAUUUUUGCCCUCUUCCCCUUCAGACUCAGCCUGAAAAUGAUUUCUGAUCAUUCUAAAUGACUCAGUCCUUGGUUUCAUCACUAAAUAUCAGGGGGAGGAGGGAGAGAGAUGGUUUUCAGCAAAUAAAACUAGCAUGUGGAAAGUCACAUUUAAAUUAUAUGAGAGACUGUUGCUUUUUUCACAUUCAUGUGGCAAGUCUGUUUUUGUGAAUGCUGUAAAUUGAUCUGCAUUUUAAUCAUAAAUCAUUGUGUAGUUAUCACUUAUGGAAAGUAGUCAUGGCAAAAUAAUGCAAAGAUAUUGCUGUUCAUAAAUUCUGACUUUAAAUCAGGUCUACUUUAUUAUUAAUCUAACUUUCAUGUAUUUUAAAUGCAUAAGUGUUGAAAUGGAAAGUAUAGUGAACUCGGAAACUGGUUUAUUUUGAAAUAUUGCAAAUUUAGUGUAUAGCGUAUGAAAUAAAAUGAGAAUUCAUUGUAUUAUAAAGUAAUUCACCACAGAGGUGAAUCAGGAUUCCUGAUUUGUGUGUUAUGUUUUACUGUAUAGACUUCAAAGUGGCUUUUUCAAGUUCCUUAACUUUCCUAAGUGCAAGAAUAUGUUGAAUUAAACUACAUACAAGAGCUUGGGUAAAAUAUUCAA